AUGUUAGGAAAUCAAAUAACAGGAAAAUUAGAAGCUGUUGGAGAUACAGUAGAACCAUUUCAUUUUAUUUUACAUCCAAAAGAUGAACAAUAUUUAACUCGUGAAGAUCAAGAUAAAGGAAAAGAAUUAUAUUCACUUUUAGUUCAAUUUGAAAUUCUUCAAGGAGAUACAAUAAGAAAAAUAUUUCGAAAUAAUUCACAAGAACGAGAUAAAAUAGAAAAGAUAAUUCGAAAUGAUCUUGAUCCUUCGAUUGCCGAUCCAUUAAUUAGUUUAUUAAAUAAUUUACCAUUUACUACUAAAGAAGAAGAAGGAAAUAAUAUUCGAAUUUAUCAAAAAGAAAAAAAUAUUUUAAAGUCUGGUGGACUUGCUAAAUAUAAAUAUGGAGAUAUUAAAAGAAAUAUUGAAAGAAUUUUAAAUAAAAUUUUAAAAAAUACUCAAUUUGAAAAUGAUAAAGAAUUAAUUUUGUCGAAAAUUUUGUCUUUACAAGGAGAUAUUCGUUCAUUUAAAAAAGGUUUAAAAGCUAAUUUAAAAGAUUUUAUAGAUCUUCAAGAUCAAGAAAAUGUUCCAGUAGCCUUUGGUUUGACUCAAAUAGGCAAUGCUUUAAUUAGUGAAGGUGUUUCUAAUAUGGCAGGAUUAUCAGGUACUUUUAGUUGGAAAGAAUGGGCAAUACAAAAAGCAAUUAGCUUCGGUCUCUCUAUGUUGACUGCUGGAAUUGGAAAGUUUUUGACGGAUAAAAUUAUGGAACAAUUCAAGAAAAUGUUUAUACAAAAGAUUGUUAGUAAAAUAGAAGAAAAUUUAUUAAAAGGAAUAAUCGGUUUAAUAAAUAAUAAAGUAGAAACUCUUUAUCUUCAAAAAAUAACAUUAGGAAAAGAUAUAUUAUUACUUCAACAAUUUGAUAAUAUUCGAACAUGA